ACAACCACUACACAUCACUUAACAGUUUCUGUUUAUGUCCGGGCAAAAUAUAUUUUUUUUAAUGUAGAAAUGUUAUAUGUUAACUUUAAAUAGAAUGUGAUUUAACUUUUCAGACAUUUAAUGCUCAAUUUAAUUUUUAUGUUAUGAAGUUGGUAAGAUAGAUAUGAACGUGCUUAAUCUCGCUGAUUGCCCUCAAAAGUUUUUGGCUGUCAUAUUACUUCAGUGGUAUUUUGAGCAAUUUUAUUGUAAUCGAAUUUAAGAGUAAUACAGCCAGCCAGUGGUUUUCAAUUAAAUGGUUUGGAUUUAUGUAUGUGAUACUCUUUCACAGAUUGCUAAUGAUUUUACCUACAAUUUUUAUGUUUCAUGAGCUGCUUCCUGCUUUGAAUAGAUAAGGAUAACAUUUUAGUCUGAUAUUCUAUUGUCUUCAUCAAAAAAUGGCUGUUACUGAGAAACCAGCUUUUGAUAAAAAGCUACUAGAGAAUAUACAAAAUGAUUUGAAAGUUCUGUCAAUUGAGGCACGGAAGCGUCAUCCACAUCUGAAGGAAGCUGCAGAAUCUGGAAUUGUUAAAAUUCAAAAUACUGUCUCAAAAUAUGAUGACAUACGUUUAGCUUUUCUGUCUGAGAGUCCUGAAAUUCUGGAACCUUUCUUUAUUGGUUGUGACACAAAGACUACAAAAAUCGUACAGAUGUCUUUAACUUCUAUACAGCGAUUAAUUACUUUAGAAGCUGUCUCAGCAACGGCUGCCAACAACAUCAUCACUUGUUUGUGGUCUUUAAUGGAAAGUGGUACGGAGGAACUUAAAUUGCUUCAAACUGUCACUCUUUUAAUCACUACCAAUUCAAUUGUACAAGGAGAAACUCUGGCAAAGGCAAUUGUAUUAUGUUUCAGACUUCACUUUACUAAAAACAGUACUACAAAUAAUACAGCAUCUGCAACUGUGCGUCAGCUGGUUUCUGCAGUUUUUGAAAGAAUUAUUGCUGAAGAUUAUUCACCACCAGAUAGACCUAAUGCACAGUCUAAUCUUCAACUUGAGGAAUUGAAAGGAGGCAGUCGCAUUCCACCAAAAUCUUUACCUAACCAUGCUGCCGAUGGCUUUAUGUUAUUUCAAGAUUUGGUACAGUUAGUAAAUGCAGAUCAACCAUUUUGGUUAAUAGGACUUACGGAAAUGACUAGGACUUUUGGUUUAGAAUUAUUAGAAUCUAUUCUAUCAUCAUUUCCAGAGGUUUUCUUCAAGUAUUCUGAAUUCAAUUUUUUAUUGAAAGAAAGAGUGUGCCCUCUUAUUAUUAAAUUGUUUUCUCCAAAUAUUAAAUAUCGCCAAGGAGGACAAAAUGCUGGACCAGCAGCUACUGCAUCUGAUAAACCAUACUUUCCUAUUUCAAUGCGAUUACUACGUAUCGUUUCUGUUUUAAUUCAGAGAUAUUAUAAGAUGUUGGUGACAGAAUGUGAAAUAUUUUUAUCACUGGUAGUAAAAUUUCUAGAUGUUGACAAACCUCCUUGGCAGCGUGCUUUGGCCUUAGAAGUAUUACAUAAGAUGUGCAUUCAACCGGAACUUUUGAAGUCAUUUUGCCAAUCAUAUGAUAUGAAGCCGCAUAGCACUAAAAUAUUUAAAGAUAUUGUGAAUGCUCUUGGGUCAUAUGUGCAGUCAAUGUUUGUUGUUUCAAACACGAACAACCCUGUUCUCUCUUCAAGUUUGUCUAGUGGCUGUGGUGCACCACCUACAGCUGCUGUUCAGGGUCAGCCCCCAGCUUUACUGGCUGGAAUGCCAGUUGGACCUGGCAUUACUCCUCAAGCUGGAUUUUUAUAUCGAGGUAUUUGGCUAUCUAUCACCCCUAUUCCAGCUGGAACUUGCAAGCCAGUAUUUUUAGAAUUAUUAGACAGACUAGAGGCACCUGGUGUUCCGGAAGGCUAUGGGAUUUCAGUGGCAUAUUCUUGUCUUCUUGAUGUCAUAAACAGUAUUGGUUCAAUUAUAUGCUAUCCUAAAAAGACCGAAUCUUUAUUGACUAAUGCGAAUGAUAUUCUUCCUCAAAGCAAUGAAGAGAUUGUUUCAACAAAUAUCAAACCUCUAGUAGUUGCAGAACUAAGAUCUGAAACUUCUGCAUGUGAUAAAUUAUGUGAUAAUGACUGUCCAACAGAGCUUUCAGAACAAAUCAUAAAUUCAACAUGGUGUGGACUUCUGGCAGCAUUUACAUUAUUGAUUGAAGCUAGUACUGAUGAAACAGCAACUGAAAAUAUCCUUAAAGCUAUGCAGAUUUACAGCAGCUUAUGUGGUACUUUGAAUAUGACCAUACCUCGAGAUGCAUUCAUUACUGCUAUGUGUAAAGCUUCACUUCCCCCACAUUAUACGUUAACUGUUCUUAACACCAAUUUGCUCAAAUCCGAUAAUAAAGAUCUUACUUUUGCAGGGGAUCGUAGAAGAGAAUGUGAUGAUGUUAGCCAUUCUGGUCUUAAUUGCAAUAAUUUAUCUGGUGCAUCUCAGCUUCCUUUAGGUCUUUAUUUAGGCAGUUGCGAGGGACAUGAAAUGAGACAACAAGUUGUGGCUGUUGGAACUCCCCUCCCCACAGCCUCUUUGCCUCUUGGUGCUCAGCAAGGUCCUGUUAUGCUGACUGCAAAAAAUUUGCAAUGUAUGAGAGCUGUCUUGAGUUUAGCUCAUUGCCAUGGGGCUGUAUUAGGUACAGCAUGGCAUCUUGUACUUACCACACUGCAGCAUCUUGUUUGGAUUCUUGGAUUAAAACCAUCGACUGGUGGUAGUUUAAAAGCUAGUCGUUCAAGUGAUUCGACUAAUGCCGUAAUAACUACUGCUGUUAUGGCUGAUUUACCUGUGCUGUCAGCUAUGUUAUCUAGAUUAUUUGAAAGUUCCCAGUACUUGGACGAAGUUGCCUUACAUCAUCUCAUUGAUGCUCUCUGUAAAUUGUCCUCUGAAUCUAUGGAGCUUGCUUACACAAAUAGGGAGCCAUCAUUGUUUGCUGUCGCAAAGUUACUAGAAACUGGCCUUGUUAAUUUAUUUCGUGUUGAAGUACUUUGGAGACCUGUUACAAACCAUCUUCUUGAAGUGUGUCAACAUCCACAUAUCAGAAUGAGGGAAUGGGGUGCUGAAGCAGUUACAUUCUUAGUAAAAGCUGCUUUGUAUCACAAAUACACGCCUUCUUUAAAAGACAAUAAAAAGUUGCAGACCAUGUUACUGAGCCCAUUGCAGGAGUUGUCAUCCAUUCCUCAUCCAGAUAUAAGGCAAAAGCAGUUAGACUGUGCUCUUCAAGUUCUUCAUAGCAGUGGUGAUAUCAUAUCUAGUGGCUGGCCGCAGUUAUUGGACGUCAUCAGUGCUAUUAAUGAAGAUCAAGGUGAAUCUUUAAUAAGGUCUGCUUUCCAGUGCCUUCAACUAGUAGUUGCUGAUUAUCCACCAGUUAUGCCUUGUACCUGCUUACAGCUUUGUGUGGAUGCAGCUGCUAAAUUUGGAUCUCAAACUCAAGAAUUAAAUGUUUCUUUAGCAGCUGUUGGUCUACUUUGGAAUAUUGCCGACCAUUUAUAUCAGAAUGAAGAAAAAAUAUCUCAUGGUUUAUCAUCUGCGACUGAGGAGGAGCUAUCAGUUUUGAACUCCUUACAAAUUUCAAAUUAUGAUUUUCCUUUAUUGCCGUUUGAUCGUCUUUGGUUAAGUUUGUUUUGCAGACUAGGCGAUCUGUGUGUAGAUUCAAGGCCUGCUGUGCGAAAAAGUGCUGGACAAACUCUGUUUUCUACUCUAGGUGCUCAUGGGUCUCUUUUACAGCAAACUACAUGGCAAGUUGUAUUAUGGCAGGUUCUCUUCCCACUUUUGGAUAGAGUGAGAUCACUUUCAGGGACUGCUUCUACUGAUAAAAUAACCGACAUGGGUGGCAAUAUUCUUAUUCAUCAUUCCAGGAAUACAGCUCAGAAACAAUGGGCAGAAACACAAGUUCUUACUUUGUCUGGAGUUGCAAGGAUUUUUCAUACGAAACGCGAUGUUCUUCAAACUUUAGGAGAUUUCCCAAGAGCAUGGGCAUUACUUCUUGAAUUCAUUGAAAGCUCAUCACUAAGCAAGAAUAAUGAAGUUUCUUUCUCAGCCCUGAAAAGUUUUCAAGAAAUUUUAAAUAUCAGCAGAUUUCAAGAAGGGAAAGUUGGAAAAUCUGAAGUUGUUUCUGCAAUAGAUAAAGAAUCUCUUUCACAAAGUGACACUGCUUUAUGGAGUGCUGCUUGGAAAGUUUGGCACAAUAUUGGUGUUGAAAGUACAAAACCUCCUCCUGAACGAAUUAUUGAUACUGCUCAUGCCAAGAAUGAUUACUCUUUACUUUAUGUACCAGCUCAACAAUUUUUGACUGCUCUGAUUCAGAUUUUUCCGUCACUUUUUCAACAUAUUAAGGAAAGGUUUGUUGCUGCUGAUUUUCAAAAGUUGGCUACUGUUUUACAAAAUGCUGUUGCAGUUCCUAUUCAUGGCGAGACAUCUCCUUUUAUUUUACCUUCUUUAACUGAAGUUGUAUUGACACCAUUGCAAGAUUCUGUUUUACAAUCUAUGCAUAUUUUACUUAAGGAAGCCUUGAAUGACAAUCAGAAUAUCGUAUCACUUUUACCUGCUAUUUUCAAUCAAUUGCUUGUGUUUUCCACAUAUGCCUGUAAUGCUCCACCAUAUGGUCAGCUGAGAACUCGAACUUUUGUAAAUAUAAAACUUUCUACGACUGAUUGGGUGACUAUGAAUUUUGUACCGUUUGGUGAAAAAGCAUUGGAAAUGGUUGUUAAUGCUUAUCAGCAAACUGCUCAACAGUCGAAUGUUAUAAACUCACAAGUUUUGCAUUCCAUUAUAAAGUCAUUAAGAAUUCCACUGAGUAUGAAAUAUUCGUGUCCUUCUCAUAUGACAUGGAAAUUGGCUGUUAAUGCUUUAUUGAAAGUUCUUCAUGCAGGAUUACCAGUUGCGAGACAAUAUCCUGCGCAGUUCCAAGGAAUGUGGAUUGAUCUUGCAUACGCACUAGAAGAUUUCUUAUUUCCUGCAAGUUCACCAUCACCUACACAGAGCCUUGAAGAUCAGCAGUGUGAUGAAGCUUUAGAUUGUAAAGUUAUCCUUUUAAUACGUGAUGGAAUUUUACCUUAUGCUAACCAACUGCCUCGUGAAUUCAUUAUAAGAAUCGUCACAUUACUUAAUAAAGGUUCCAUACAUUCAGCUACAAAUAACAGUCCAGUUGAUAUUGAUUCAAGCCGGAAACUUCGCGAGGAAUUUGCAAAAUCUUGUUUUGAAACACUAUUACAGUUCUCAUUUUUAGAAAGUGGAAUUGAUAUUGAUGAUGAUGGGGUUGUUAAUUUAUUAGCUGUAACAUCACUUCUUCACAGAUUUAAAGAAGUUAUUCAUAAAUAUGCUGAAGACGAAAGACUUAGUGGAAAGUGCCCUCUACCAAGGCAUAGAAUGUCCGAAAUUUCUUUCGUUCUUAAAGCAGUAGCAACUCUGGCUAAAUCAUUGAAAAAGGCUGAUCCUGAAAAAGUUGAAUGGACUGUGUGGGAACAACUUAUUUCUCUCUAUCCAAGUCUUGUUGACUGUACAACUUCCACCUCAGCUCAAGUUUGCUGUUCUUUGAGGGAGGCUUUACAUGAAUAUGCUGAUCUUUUGGAACCACCUAAGAACGUGCUCAAUGGCAGUUCAUGAUAUUAGCAAUAAUGAUAAUACUUAAAGGAUUUUGUAAGGAUGUGUUCACUUUAUAAGUGAUUCUUUUGUAAGUUGUGUCUGGCUGAAGCAUUUUAUUGCCAACUAUGAAUUAGAAUUUUUGGGGUCCACUGUUAAAAUGUGACAUCUGUUGUAAUUGAUUUCAUGGAUUUAAGAGUAGUUUACAGCUGACAUAACUUAAGAAGUGUGAGAUCAUAACUUUUCAAGGCAAUAAUUUUAUUCAUUUAAUUCGAGUUAUCAGAUUUAUAUUCAGAUCAAUCAAUUUUUCAUAUCAGAUUUCUCAAGUCAUAAAUAUCCAUUAUCACAAACUGUAUGAACUUACACAAAGUUGAAUUUUUUAAUUAAAAUUUCAUUCUGAGCAUAAAUUGAUAUAUACUGAAUUGGAUAAUUGGAAUUAUUACAUACCGUGUGUAAGUUAUGGAGCAUUUGAAACAUCUGUGAAGUUAUUGAAAUUUUGUAACUGUUUCAUCUGACUGCUCAAAUUUUUAUAUCAGAAUAUUGGUUUUCUGACAGAUGAUUUUGUUGUUUUUGAAUGAAGGUAUUUUUGUUGAGCUUAUAUAAUUUUCAAUCUAUUUUGAAAUCAUAUAUUUGAAAUUAGUGGCAUACAUAUUUGAGGUUAAGUUUUGCCUUGCAGUUCGAUUAAUUUUUUUAUUGCGCAAUGUAUAAGAGUAGGGCUAUGCAAUUUUCUAUCAUGUUUACCUGUGAAUCGAAGAAAAUGAAUUCUAUUUAUGCACCAGUGUGUUAUGUACAUAAUGGUUUUUGUCAAAAAAUCAUAUAGCUGUUUAUUUUGAUUUCGUUGCAUGUAAUACAUAUAUAUAUAUAGAUAUUUAAUGAAAGAUUGUCUGAAAUUUAUUGAAUUUAUCAUGAAUUGCAUUUUUUAAAUAAUUACAGGCAGAUAAUGUAUAUUACUA